UUUCGCGGCAUCUUUGCCCAUUUCUGCAUUCUCGACAUCAUUGUCACUUUCUCGUCUCUCAUCCAGCGAUGCAGGACGGUGUGCCCUUCAUGAUGUCCCCCAUGGACUCGGCAGGCGAGGCGUGUCUGGCGAAGGCACGUGCAUGUAUCCGCAAGACGUUCGGGCCAGGUGGUAGCGGACGUCGUACCAAGCGCGCGCUGGAAAUGGCGGACGAGGCGCCGACACCAGCCAAGACACCGCGCACGAAGGUGCGCCAGCGGAUCGCCAAGGCGUCGCAGCUCAACACGGAGAACAUGUUCUUUCAACAAUUCGGUAGCAGUGAAGAGCUCAUGCGCGAGGAGUUUGACCUCGCCCGGCCAGCCGGUCACCCCGUCCUCAAGGCCUCGCGACAGUACGCAGCAGCGGGUGUAGCAAACGCGUCAACCCAUACUGUACAGCAGACAGCAGGAGCCCCCACCAGUUUCUUUUCCUUCUCAUCAACGACAUCCACAGCGUUCACUAGCUCGCUGCCUGCACCGUCGACGGCGAACGUGAACCAACUGACACGACCCACACGUAUCCGAACGCCACGCAAGGCGGCAGUUAAGAGAGGACGAGCAGGAGAGAGCAGUGCCGAGAAAGCUCUUGUGCUAAGAAAGCCGCGACUGGGCGGCGUCAGUGCCACAAGUAUUGACUACGCCAGUGGAGGCAACUCGACGAUCAGUAACCAGACAGCAGCUCCCUCGAGCUUGGACACCCGGACAUCUUUUGCGUUUGUCACCAACCGCGGUGACAGCCUGUCGACCAGAUUCUUCUCGAGAUCACCAAGCAAGUUCCAGUUCUCGUCGAAUGCCACGAGACUGUUCUCCCAGCGCCAGGCACCGCUGCGGUGAUUUAACCCCGUCAUUUAUUGCCAGGCACAAUGAAGAACAUCAAGACAAUGCAAUGCAAAUUUAUUUGACCAGCGAGAGGAGAGAAAGAUUGAUAGUGUAGUUGUAGUCCAAAGAAGAAAACAGUCAUUGUUGAACUGCAAAUACAAUACAAAUUGCAGUCCGAAACAGCGUUC